AAAUGGUAUUUUCUCAUAAUUCAAAACAUGUUUCUUGUGUUUUAUUUGGAAUCAAGAUGACUGCAGCACUAAGGUCACUCUGUUCAUUUAAUUUUGUGACGUCCACUGAGGUUAACCAUUUCCUUUGUUCCUUGCUUUCUGGAGAAAAGUGCUAGUGUAUUUUCAUGUCGAGGUAUGCUGUGUUUACUUUUAUCGCUGCUCCUCAGCGAGCCAAUCCAACCUGAUGUUUGUUUAUAAGGAAUUCAGGCUUCACUAAGAACUUUCAUUCACCACUUGAAAGCACUUGAGUUGCUACUAAUUUACCUUGAGGGAUUUCAAAAUUAUCUGUCUGCACUGUCAAAAUCUUUUUUGUGGUGGCAGCUUAUCAUCAUCAAAGAUUCUCUUUGGAUUUAAUGAAAAGCCUGUUAGAUGGGCAAAUGUUAUAUUCUGUUUACUUGAAUACUGGAUGCAGAAAGACAUUUUGAAAUGUGUUAACAUGUUUUUGGUCAUCAAAACGACAUUGGUUUGCUUUUUGUUUUUGCUUCGAGUGCUGGAGUUGUCAUUGUUGCUAGGAAAGUUGCUUUUAAGUCUACUAUUACAGAGUUCAGAAGAAAAUCCAUGCACUCGAAGAGAGAAGGAGUGGAAUGGUAUUGAAAGUGAUCUUGUAUUUCCCUUGGUCAUCAGACUACUCUUUCUUUACCAAGGAUAUGUCGCUCUGUGUUGCUUUGUUUUGAACAGGAAACUUUACACAUUGAACAGCUCAGGAAUAUCCAGCAACUAGCACUUACCAAGCUCCCUGACAAAUUGCGAUCCGGCAAACUUCACGUCACACUUGGGUCAGGGGCAAAGUUAGGAGUGGGAGGUUUGUAUAGUUAAGGGGUUUUUUUGUAUUUUCUCCAUAGUUAAAAGGUGAACACUUCACCCGGUAAUGUCUGUAUAAAUAUAUAAAACUGUUAUUUUAUCCAAAGUUAUCCCAAGUUCAGAUUUCUCUUCUUGGGGGAUGGUUUUGAAUGUAAUGCUUUGCUGAGACGUAUGUCAAAAAAGGAACUUGAUAUUCCAACGUGUGACAUUGUGCAAACACUCUAGUAGUUCUACCCAAACAAGUUUGCAGCAUAUGCAUAUGAAAAUAUUGCAACUGUGUCACCGGGGUGUUAGCAUUUUGUUUCAUCUGGACCACUUGAUCCCUUGUCACACCGUUCCUGCUCCCUUCACACUGUUUAUAUAUUCUUUGUCAAGUUAGGUAAACUCACUUUACUGAGAUGUUCUCCUUUGUGGAACAACAGAGUAAAAAAAUUGCCACAAUUACUUGAGUUAGAUCUAUGUUAACUCUUAAUUCUUUAUCUGAAAAACUGCAUCAGCCAGUUGGAAUUGAAGUCUCUCUUUCCAUGUGUGCAAGAAGCUGAGUGGAUAACCUAUUGGCAGUGGAGGACAGUGCAGAUCUCUCCUCACUCUAAAUUGCAGUUAGGCAUCCCUGCAGCCCCUCAUGAAGACCAUUGAGUCCCAUCAAGAUAAUCCUUAAUAAAGAACGGCUUCGCAUUUAAUCUUAGCUCUCUUCUCAAAUUUCUUACUUGAUAUAGUUUUUGGCAAGUGGUGUUUUAGCGCUGAUGUCAGUCGAAUAGUAUCAGUGCAUCUUUUGUUAAGCUUCCAUCUGGCAGAUGUAGAGGCACUCUUAGUUUUUACAGUUCCACAAACGAUUACUUUAUUGCUCUAAUCUGCAAGGUUUUUUUUUACUUUGAAUAUGUUGAGUCCCCCUAACUGCGAUAGUGUAUCGUUGCUCUUUUUGAUUCUGUGCAAAACUUCAGUUUUAAAACUCAUAAUAUUGACAAUUCACUUCGAAGUUCAAUCUGCUAUUUUCCGUAAGAUAAUUUUCAUUUAUUGACCUUAAAUUUAAUACUGCUAGAUUGAUUGAAACUUCGAUUCACAACAUUCAGAUGCAGGAUGCAUGCAAGAGUGUAAGAGGAAAAUCUGAGUUUACUCAAUGAGACAUAAACAACUCUGGAUAAUUAUACUGUACAAUUUGAAAAUAACUCACUUGCAAAAUUACAUCUCAAUCUAAUUUUACACAGCCACUUAAAACAGAGAGUCACUGAAUGAAUGUAGUAUCUUAAUUGGCAUGUGUACCCGUCUGCUAUUAGAACUAGUUACUUGAGAGCCCCCAAGCAUCUAUUAGUCAAUUUAGCUAUUAAGAAUCUGUUCAAUGUGCAAUAUAUUUCGUGAUCUGAUAUUGCAAUGUGAUCCUGUGGAUUUACCUGUGGGCUGAGGGUUUGGAAAGGCAGGCAGCGCUUGCAUUUCAGGCACGUCCACAUUAUUACUGCACUGUGUUUAAAUCAGGAGUAGUGCAGCCCGGAUCUAUUUCUGUCAGCUCCUCGUUGACUACUGCUACACAGAGGCCGGUUGGUGGCGACCUGCUUUCAGUAUGGGCCUUGAACACUACAGCUGAUCAGGUGCAAACUGAUUAACUCAUUUUCAUUAAUAUUAAAUAAAUACUAUCAUAAUCAUAUAGAUUUGAACGUGCUCUUUCGGUGACAUGUGUGACAUUAUUUAAUUUCUUAUCAUCACCAACUGACUGGGAGUUAACAAGAUCUUCAAGUAGCACACAAAAAGCCCAGCCACUAACACAGCACGCUAUUCUUCUGGCAGUGGGUGUUCUUUUUCUCUCACCACCUCUUUACCAUAGUAAAUGUAUGGUUUCCUCUUUCUUGGUAAUCAUUUGUCAGUACUACAGUUGGUAUUUAACCCACAGCUUUAUUUUGUGGAAAUUAAACAUAUUUUAAACGGUUCAUUGAUAUCUCAGCCAUUAUUUACACAGACUUGAUAUUCUUGAAAAAAAAAAAUGUCAUGACACAUUGAAGCAAAAUCUGUACACGCCUCAUCACCAGCCUGAAUAAAUCACCAGUUCAAGCUCAUCAGUAGCAGCGUGGCCUUGUGUUGCUGCUUUGCGCAGUUGAAAUAAUAACCUGGAGCAGACAGAAGGCAGUCAUUACCUUGCACACAGAUGCCGUGUGUAUGUGUUGACGGAGGACUUCCACUAGAGUGCUGUGGAGAUGAACAGAGCCGAGUUUCUUGGCCGCUUUUAAAACCUCUGGCUUCCCAUCACCUUAGCUAAUGACCUAGCCCCUUGUUUACUCUCUGAAGUCCUUCUGUGACAGAAAGAAAUCCAGCAAUGACCCAAGGCUCACAGGAGAAAGAAAAAAAUGUGGUUUGUGGUGGCAAAAAAAGAGCAUAACAAAAACAACAGAGAAAGGGGGGAGAAGAAAAGUGUGAGCCCUGAGGGUUGUGAGCAGAGCAGUGGACAGACAGGGCAGUGGAGAGAUCAGCCUUUUCAUUGUCUUAGUCUCCACUGAUACAAUCUGGAGAGGACUCUAUUGCUUAAAGCUUUGAGUUAAUGACAUAUGGGAAGCUGGUGUGAGGCACAACUCCCCCGUGCCUCCUCCAGACCCAAAGUCUUCCUGUGAGAGCACCGAGCAACUUUUCUGCUUUUUCAAACGGCAGCAGCCUCCCUCUCCUUCCCUCAUUCACUGCCUUUUUUUCCUCCCUCCCUCCCUCUCCCUUGCUCUCGCUCACUCUCUCUCUCUUUUUUUCCCUCUUCCUCAGACACUCACUAGUCACUGCCUGAAGCAGUAAUCGGACAACUCUCUUUCUCAAUGGGACUGAGUCUCCUGAGAUACCGCGUGGGGCUCAAUGGGUUCCAACACCUAAAAUGAAAAAGAAAAAAGUAGUUUUGUAGUUUACAUUUAUUGUGCUACAGGUUCUACGGACAGCUGAGACGUGUUUUAGAAAGUUUGCCACCCGCUCUGCUGGACUGAACGAUCUUUCUCAAGAAGAUUUUUUUUUUAAGGAAGAUAAAGAAGGGAUAAACACACAGUGAUUCAACCAUAAUUCUAGUCUAUGGAAAUGCAGGAUCUAGCCAGUCCGCACAGCCGAGUAAGUGGAAGCAGUGAAUCUCCUAAUGGUCCCAACCUUGACAACUCACACAUCGGUAACAAUUCCAUGACACCCAAUGGCACUGAAGGUGAUAACAUCACAAUGCUUACCACUGCAGACUGGUUGUUAGGUUCAAACUCACAGUCCGCUGCAGUUAAAACAGAACCAAUGAGCAGCAGCGAAAUCGCCACCUCAGUAGCAGACACCUCUCUAGAUAGCUUCUCAGGAUCAGCUAUUGGAACCAGUGGCUUCAGCCCAAGACAAACGCACCAGUUCUCUCCACAGAUUUACCCUUCCAACAGAACAUAUCCGCAUAUUCUUCCUACCCCUUCAUCCCAAAAUAUGGCUGCGUAUGGACAGGCGCAGUACACCACAGGAAUGCAGCAGGCCGCAGCUUAUGCUAGCUACCCUCAGCCUGGCCAGCCCUAUGGCAUACCAGCUUAUGGUCCAUUGUGGGCAGGCAUAAAGACGGAGGGGGGUUUGAGUCAGUCCCAAUCCCCGGGACAGACAGGCUUCCUAAGCUACAGCUCUGGCUUCACAACACCACAGACAGGACAGGCCCCCUACAGCUACCAGAUGCAGGGUGGGACUUUCACAACAACGUCAGGAUUGUACACAGGAAAUAACUCCCUGACAAACUCAACUGGCUUCAACAGCACGCAACAGGACUACCCAAGUUAUCCAGCCUUCGGCCAGGGCCAGUAUGCUCAGUAUUAUAACAGCUCACCCUACACUUCACCCUACAUGACAAGUAACAACACCAGCCCCAGCACGCCCUCAACCACCACUACCUACACCCUCCAGGAACCACCCACUGGCAUCACCAGCCAAGCCCUCACAGACAACCCUGCAGGAGAGUACAGUACCAUCCACAGUCCAUCAACCCCCAUUAAAGAUUCAGAUUCAGAUCGAUUGCGCCGAGCCUCGGAUGGAAAGUCACGUGGCCGUGGAAGAAGGAACAACAACCCAUCACCGCCGCCUGACUCUGACCUUGAGCGAGUUUUCAUCUGGGACCUAGAUGAAACAAUCAUCAUUUUCCAUUCCUUGCUUACGGGUUCUUAUGCCAACAGAUAUGGACGGGACCCGCCAACAUCUGUAUCGUUAGGCCUUAGGAUGGAAGAAAUGAUCUUCAACUUGGCCGACACGCACUUAUUCUUUAACGACUUAGAGGAAUGUGACCAGGUGCACAUCGACGAUGUGUCCUCUGACGACAACGGCCAGGAUCUAAGCACGUAUAACUUCAGCGCUGAUGGUUUCCAUGCAGCAGCUACCAGUGCCAACCUAUGUCUGGCCACAGGCGUACGGGGAGGCGUGGACUGGAUGAGAAAGCUGGCCUUCCGCUACAGACGAGUAAAAGAAAUUUACACCACCUACAAAAAUAACGUUGGAGGUCUGCUGGGCCCGGCCAAAAGGGAAGCCUGGUUGCAAUUGCGAGCAGAAAUUGAAGCCUUGACGGACUCCUGGUUAACACUGGCACUGAAAGCACUAACAUUAAUCCACUCAAGGUCAAACUGUGUGAAUAUCUUGGUGACCACCACGCAGCUCAUCCCUGCCCUGGCUAAGGUCUUGCUCUACGGAUUGGGAAUUGUCUUUCCUAUCGAGAAUAUUUAUAGUGCAACCAAAAUAGGAAAGGAGAGCUGCUUUGAGAGAGUAAUUCAACGGUUCGGGAGGAAAGUUGUUUACAUUGUUGUUGGAGAUGGGGUAGAAGAGGAGCAAGGCUCAAAAAAGCACAACAUGCCCUUCUGGAGGAUCUCCAGCCAUUCAGACCUCAUGGCCCUCCACCAUGCUCUAGACCUGGAGUACUUGUAGCACCACACCACAAACGUGUACCCCCUGCUCCGCUUCGGCACACCACACAACCUUUCACCUUCGCCCUCCAGCCCCAUCCCACGCUUGCCACGGACCCCACAGCUCAGAAAAAAAAAGACAAAAACCCCCCAAAAAAACAGCCGUGUUGCUGUGCUGCCUGGCGUCUGUCUGUCACUACAUAGGAAGAAAAGAAGAGGAGAACGGAAAAAAGAAGACUGAGCACACGGUUAACGUGCUGACAUACGGUCACACAUCGUCUUAACCCUAAACUCUUUCCUUCUUUCUUUUUUCCGGCGAAGUGAAGGAGAGAGAGAGAAAGAGGGAGCGAGGUGAAUUUACGGCGCUGCAGCUGCUUGCCCUGGUUACUGUGAAUUGGCCGCUUUCUGAAGCUGUCAAAGUGUUUUACGGCCCCCUGUUUGUGCCGGGACUCUGUCAGGGUUCACACCUGUGAGGAGAGCAGAGCUACUGAUGGCCUCGCCUCGCUUCGCCUCACUUCGCCCCAGAACUCAGUUACAGCGAAGUGCAGGGCCCACAGCUACUGGUGGUGACUUUUCUGCGUCCCUCUGGCUCGCCCCACGUCUGCUCUUCGCCUCCGCUUUAUUUCUGUUCCUCUGUUCACCCACUUCGUAGCCUCCCCUUCGCUGUGGGGCAGAAAGACAAAGCAAGUGCUCCUCUGUAAUGCGUCGGCCUGGGAGCUUUGUGCUUCUUAUUUAUGAACAGACACUUUGUGAGUGGCACCGCGCCACCGAGAAGGUACCUCGAUGAUAAAAGACUCGUGCCUUUUACAAAGUACUAUUGAUUUCCACCGCAGCGAGAGGAAGACUUUUAUGGAAGAGAGAAGAAAAGGGGGUUUUCUAAUAAUUUAAGAAAAUUACAAAAAACUUUAUUUACAAUGCUGAGACAAUCAUGUACAGAGGAAAUCUUUUUGUGUGUGUGUGUGUGUGUGUGUGUGUGUCUAAGUUUGUAAUCACUGGACUAUUCCUUCCUAUAUUCAUUUUAGGUACAUGCUCUUGAAAGAUGGCAAUGCUUUUUCAUUGAAGUUUAAAAAAAAGGCAUCCCAUCGCGCAUAAGCUUGUGCGAGGACGCCUGAAAGUGUUGAUGUGUUAAAGUUACGUUCGAUAAACAAAAUAUGUAGAUAUUGGGAUUUUGUGAUAAAUUGUUUUGUCAAGACCAAAAGCAUGGAUGUCAAGUGUCAAGGACCUUUCUUUUCACUCUGUGAUGUUUUCUCGUCCUUACAGGAAACUUCAGUCACACACUUUAUAUAGAACAACAGGUCUCUUCUUACUAUACGUCCUUCUCGGACACAUAUAUCAAAGGGAAAAUAUACAUUGUUUUUUUUCUUUAGUUAUGCAGGAAGGUAGCUCACAACCUUGCGUCCUUAUGGCAUUUCACCAGCUUGCAGCCCUGACCCCAUAUAUUCAAAGGCAAACACAAUUCUGACGAGGGUUUUGGAUACGGCAGACGGGAAUUUCUGAGAGCCAUUUUAAUGUCAAAUUUGAAUAAAUCUGAUGUUUGAAAAAAACAAACAAAAAAGCAGGCUUGAAUAGGUUUUAUUAUCUUUUAUACAAGCACUAUAACAACUCUUGUACAGCAAGCGUAAUUUUGUAUACUGUAGUGUUUUUAUUUCGACUUUGAGAAUACAUUCUGUGUCCCUCUUUGAAGCAGCUGAAGUACACGAAGCCCUUUUUCGUAGCGCUUCUGCAUCUGCGGACGGGGAAACCAUAAUUAGCAUUGAGAGAAAAGCCACUAACUUCGAGAGGUUUGUGAACAUACAGGACAUGUGCUAUCGACUGUGAAUUUCUUAAACAGAAACCGACUCGUUCUGUUUCUAAUUUCUUUCCCUCCUUUGCACAUGAUCACUGUUGUCCUUUUACAUUUCAAUUCAAAUCCUUCUCUCUUCUGACGUACCCCCCCCCCCC